CACCAGGAUCCUCGUCUUUCUUGUCCACCCUCCUCCUUCAUACCUCCACACUCCCUACCUAUGCGCGCUAUCAUCAACAUACCUGCCGCCCUCCUCCUCCUCUCCGGCACCGCGGCAGACUUCUGGAUGUACACAUACAUAAGCUACUCCGGCGGCGACCCUUGGUGGGAAGGAGUCAUGAUCCUGGGCGCCGCGCCCCCCGUCUGCGAUGAGAUUUUGUAUUCGAACCGCCUGAAGCAUCUGAAAGACGUGAGCGGCGACAAGCGAGGCGUCCGCUUCGCCGGGAGUGCCUUGGACCCGGACAUCGUCGAGUUUAACAGCGAACGCUUGGGUCACUACACGAUCUAUAAAGAUAGGAACUACGACAUGGUCGAUGUCGACAAUCAGCUGAAGGGCAAAUGCGUUCUCAAUAUCACCAGCACCUACAACUGCGUGUUCGAAAAGGAGACGGAUACUGGACAUUCCAUCUUUUGGUGCGUGUCGGAAGUCCAUGUGUGAGCUGGCAGUUGACGG